GGACUCGCACACAAACGUGAAAAGGAAUGUUGGUGGUGAGGGGGUAGUAAGGGACUGAAAGUGCUGAACAAAAACAAGGGGCAAAAGAUGGAAGAGUUGCAUGAAAAGGAAUGAGCGAGAGAGAGGUUAGCAGACUAGUGAGGGGGUGUACAAAGGGAGGGAACUUUAGUGGGAAGAAAAUAAGGAAGGUUAAUAGAGAAGAACGCAUUCGACUGAGAGAAAGUGGAGGCAGGAUCACAUUUAUCAAGAACAGAAACUCUAAAGACACCAUACAGAAUUGAGAUGUUGCCGGGGUCACGGGUCACAUUUUUACUGCUGCUUUUGCUGUCGGAGUCCAUCAGCGCCACAUCUGUGGGCCCGUCCGUGCUUCAGCCUCCUGUCACGCGUGUUCGCAUCAUUGCAGUAGAAGACGACUACGAAGAACCAAACUCAGCGACAACAGUCGGACCCCGAUCACCCAGGUCCACCAUCACCCACGCAAUCCCCCAUAUUUGUGACUAUGACCCCUGUGUGGCUCAAACGACCCCCUGCACUGAGAUUUCGGCCAAGACGGGCUGCCUCUGUCCGGGGUUGACGGGCUCGGAGAGGAAGCCUAAGGCCCCGGAGCUUCGGGAGCUCAAACUGGAACAGUCGGGACAGGUGGUUGUCCACUGGUGUGCUCCUUACUCCACAGUCACACAUUAUAAAGUAACUCUGAAAGGGGGAGAAGAGCAACAGCAAAUUUUCGGGGAAUAUUUGCGGAAUGGUGCUGUCCCUGGGCUAAAGUUCGGAGAGACGGUCUGUGUGUCGGCGGAAAAUGAGGCAGGGGUCAGCGAAGAGUCGUGUGCCCAAUACGAGCCCCCAAAGCUGGACUAUGCUGCUUUGAUUUCAGGAGUCAUCGGAGGGGUCAUCGGCAUCCUGGUGCUUACGCUGGUUGCUGUUUUUCUAUGGCGACGAAAGUCGUGUAGAAAAAGUGUUAUGGGUGAAGCAGGAGGUCUUGGGAAUCCUUCGUACACCAAUGACGGUGUUCUGUAAUGAUAGACAUUAAAUGAUCUGAUGGAACAGAAGGUGACAUGAUGAAAUGUAAACUUUUCAGAUUAUGGGAGAAUGAAACAAGUGCAAUGCAAAGAGACUUAGUAUUACAAAAAUAAGCUGAAAAAUCUGACUAAAAACAUUGCUUCUAGUUUUAGGUUCGACUCUAAAGCGCGGUUACUGACUCUAAAAUUUAAUAUCUAAAUCAACAUGAUAUCUAAACUUAUACCCUCUUUAAUUUCUUCAUACACUCUCAGAAAUAGUUUUACCUUUUUGUCACUGUGACGGUACCUUUUAAAAGGUCCUAAUAUGUACCAUUUAAUGUACCUUUUUUCUGAUGUUCAUGGUCUUGUUGUGUACGAUUAGGUGAACUUUAUUAUUUUUAAUAUUUAACAAAGAAAUGUUUUAAGUUAUUUUUGUAUUGUUUAAUUUGAUGAUGUUGAAAAGAGAGGGGAACAGGUGAGCAAAAACUUAAUGUUUGGUCGCAUGAAGCGCUACUGUGUCAAACUAGUGCCAGUUAACAUUAAUAUAAUGAAGGUAGCAUUAACUAAGUUUUUACAAUCUUACCAAUACCCUGUAGACAAAAGCAAGCCCUGGUCAAUAUAUAUCUACUGUUUUUUCUCAUAUCAUACUAAGUUACACUCACAGGUACAUUACAGAAGUAAAAUGUGUUUAAAACGACUAAUGGUUCUAGUCUUAGGAAGCCUGGAGCUUCAUGCUAAGUUGUACAGCUAUUUGAGAAUAUAUGGAUGUUGAAAGCUUGUUAUUUUUAUUUCGUGAUUGUUUUUCAAUAAAGAUAUUGCAAAUGCUU